GUCAGACGAACCAAUCAAAACGGUAUAUUGAUCAUUUGCAUGCAUCCUCCUUAUUUACCAAAAAUGCCGGAGAAGCAAAUGGAGCUGGGGGAAUUAAGCCCCUAUAGAGCAGGCAAGGAAAACAGCAUGACUCUGACAUCCGACCAGGCAGUGGAGAAGGCGGGAAGUUUUGGCUGGUAUCAGCUCCGCGUCUUCGCGGUCAUCAGCUACGCCAAAAUUUUCUGCAGCUGUGUGCUGAUGGUGAUGACGUUCAGUACAGCGGAACCCCACUGGCAAUGCGUAGCUAACAGCUCGUGUAACUUCACCGGGACCUUUAAACCGGGGGAUGCUAAUUAUGAAAAGCGCUGUAUGAUGGCCCGGGAUCAGUGGGAAUUCGCCAUAGAUGCAGGGUUCGACUCUAUUGUCACUGAGUGGGACCUGGUUUGUUCGAAGUCUAUGUACGCGACAAUUGCCAAUUCGAUCACGUUCAUUCUGUGGAUAUUUGGUGCUAUGGCUGGCAGUAUUAUUGGUGACAAAUUUGGUCGCAAAAUCGUUGUCUUCCCGUGUGUAAUCUUCGCGUCCUUGUGUGGCUUGGCAUCUGCAUUUGCGAACAAAUACUGGGUGUUUGCACUGUUCAGGGCUCUGCUAGGCGCCGGUAUAGGUGGCUACUCAAUCUGCAGCUUUGUCCUUGUCAUGGAAUACAUUGGUAUACGACACCGAAGCAUUGUGGGAUUCUGCGUGUUUUAUCCAUGGAUACUGGCACUAUUCAUGCUCGCGUUGCUAGGAUACUUAAUCCCGAGCUGGCGAACCCUAUCCAUCAUCACUAGCGCGCCUGGUCUUCUUUUUUUCGUCUUUUGGUGGUUCACUCCUGAUUCCCUACGCUGGUACCUCGUGAAGGGGAAGUUUGACGAUGCCAAAAAAGUCCUUGUAGAUGUCGCCAAGGGCUGUGGGAAUAAUUACACCAAACAAGACUUCGAGUUUGAAGAGGAACACACAUUUAAUAUAGAACAUGAAAGGCUUGGCGACAUCAGAGAUCUGUUCCAUUCGCGCUCCAUGGCGCACAGGACACUUGUCAGCUGGUAUUGCUGGUUGGUCAGCGGUCUGGUAUAUUACGGAAUCAGCCUCAGUAGCACCACCAUUGGCGGCGACAUGUACCUCAACUUCUUCCUGUCUGCGUUAUUCGAGGGAAUCGGCAUGGCAAUAGGAAUUCCUCUUCUCGACAGGUUUGGCAGGAAGAAAACUAUAGCAGCCUCAAUGUGCGUUGCAGCGUUGGCAGCAAUCGUAGCAGCACUUCUCAGCCAAUAUGAUGAUGGCAGUCAAGCAAUGCUUGUUGGCAAGAUAAUCUCAGCCAUGGUGAUCGCCAAGUUCUUCGUGACGAUUGCAUUUGAUGGAGUCUACGUCUACUCGUCAGAGUUGUUCCCAACAGUCGUAAGGAACACGGCAAUGGGGACAUCUACUUCAGCAGCACGAAUUGGUUCUUUUGCUGCGCCAUUCACUGUAUACUCGCAAAAAGUCCAUCCCAUGAUGCCUUUCGGGAUCAUGGCCCUGAAUGCGCUAAUUUGCGGCAUUCUCUGCAUGACUCUUCCCGAGACCAAGGACAAACCGCUGCCCGAUACCGUCAAGCAGACCGAGGAGUCCCCGUGCGAGUAUGCAUUCGAGGCUGAUCAAAAUGGCUGCAUUGUCGAGGAGAAAUUGCUCCAACCCUUCCCCACACAGUAUGUCAGUGCUGCUUGAUGGACACAGGGCUCCCACACACAGCAUGUCAGUGCUGCUUGAUAGGCACAGGGCUCCCACAAACAGCAUGUCAGUGCCGAUUGAUGGACACAGGGCUCCCACACACAGCAUGUCAGUGCCGAUUGAUAGACACAGGGCUCCCACACACAGCAUGUCAGUGCCGAUUGAUGGACACAGGGCUCCCACACACAGCAUGUCAGUGCCGAUUGAUGGACACAGGGCUCCCACACACAGCAUGUCAGUGCUGCUUGAUAGACACAGGGCUCCCACACACAGCAUGUCAGUGCCGAUUGAUAGACACAGGGCUCCCACACACAGCAUGUCAGUGCCGAUUUAUGGACACAGGGCUCCCACACACAGCAUGUCAGUGCCGAUUGAUGGACACAGGGCUCCCACACACAGCAUGUCAGUGCCGAUUGAUAGACACAGGGCUCCCACACACAGCAUGUCAGUGUCGAUUGAUGGACACAGGGCUCCCACACACAGCAUGUCAGUGCCGAUUGAUGGACACAGGGCUCACACACACAGCAUGUCAGUGCCGAUUGAUAGACACAGGGCUCCCACACACAGCAUGUCAGUGCCGAUUGAUGGACACAGGGAUCCCACACACAGCAUGUCAGUGCCGAUUGAUGGACACAGGGCUCCCACACACAGCAUGUCAGUGCCGAUUGAUAGACACAGGGCUCCCACACACAGCAUGUCAGUGUCGAUUGAUGGACACAGGGCUCCCACACACAGCAUGUCAGUGUCGAUUGAUGGACACAGGGCUCCCACACACAGCAUGUCAGUGCCGAUUGAUGGACACAGGGCUCCCACACACAGCAUGUCAGUGUCGAUUGAUGGACACAGGGCUCCCAUGUAACCCCCCUACCUAAAGUGGAUGUACCAAAGGGCAAGACCGAGUACAGAGGAAUCAACAUUACGCCUGUUAUUGCCCGAGCUUUCGAAAAAGCUGUUUAUAACAUUCACGUGCGAGAAACCGUAGAAGAACUUCUGAGUUCCACUCAGUUUGCAUAUAGAACUGGCGGGAGUUGCACAGACGCGCUACUAUGCAUGCAGCACUCGGUCUACGGCUAUCUAGAUAGUCCGGAAUGCAAAGCCGUCAGAUUGUUUGCGAUGGACUUUUCCAAAGCGUUCGAUAGCGUAAAACACGUAAAUGUGUCAUGUAAGCUUAAACAAUUACCAUUAAGUCCCUUUAUUGUUAAUUGGUAUCUGAGUUUUUUGGCUAGCCGCCAACAGCGCGUGGUAUACAAUGGGUUUGAGUGUCAUUGGAAAUGUGUAAAUCGAGGUACAACGCAGGGCAGCGUUAGUGGCCCGUAUCUUUUUAACAUAUUUAUCAAUGAUUUAGAAAUCAAUUUAUGUAAUCAGCCCGCUCUGUUUAAAUAUGCUGACGACUCAAAUAUUGUUAUUCCUGUCUGGGCCAAUGGCGAAUGUCGCACGGACUUAGUAGAUUUGUUUUUAACUUGGACAAAGGACAAUGGCAUGGUAUGUAAUUCAUCUAAAUGCAAAGAGCUAGUUUUCCGCAAGAAAGGGUGGAAUCAGAAUAUCGAGUUAGUGAACAACAUUCCGCAAUGUACGGUAUUACCGAUUCUAGGGAUUACCUUUCAGUCUAACGGCAAAUACAGUGAACAUGUGCGUUCCAAGUUAACAAAGGCAAAUAAGUGUCUUUACAUUUUAAGAUCUUUAAGAAAGGAAGGAAUUUGUCAAGAAGAACUCGAUCACCUCUUUAAGUCUAUUGUCCUUCCUAAUUUCACUUAUGGCUUGUCCGUUUUUGGUGCCUCAGACUCGGAUCUCACAAACAUACAGAACUUCCUAGAGAGAUGCUUUAAAAGGAAAUACAUUUCAAACAUUGUAAACAUCCGUAAACUUCUAGAGGAGGCAGAUAAGAAGAUUUAUCGUACUCGCUUAGAUCAACCUGAAUAUCCUCUGAGCAAAAUCCUGCCUAAGAAAAAAGACCAAAAAUACAACCUCA